CUGGUUUGUAACGAAGUUGUUCAUCUCCAUCCGCUGUUGUGUUGUUGAAGAUCCGCAGACCAACCAGACGAGCAGUUCAGAUUUGGUGACUUUGACCAGAUAAAGCUCAGAGUUGAAGCAACAAAAGUGCUCCUAUGUUGGUAAAAGAAGAUGAAAGGACAUGAUUUGGGAAAGGACUGUCUGGCAUCUGGUUCUGCGUACAGGGCCGUACCGUCCAGAGAGACCCUACCCGGACCUGAAGCGGACCAUUACGAGCUGUCUAAAGUGCAGGAUGCUUUUGAAACGGCAGCGAGAGCUGAGGGUGGCCUCUCAUUGGAUGGGGGCAGUGCAUCCGACCCAAAAGAGUUGGAGGACGAAGUCGGGAGAAGCAAAUACCGCCACAGUGUUUGUGUAUUCAAGCCCAUCCGCUCCACCAGCAAGUAUCAGCAUCCAGUCGACAACGCUGGCCUCUUCUCUUUUAUGACAUUUAACUGGUUGACCUCACUGGUGGUGUUGGCCCAUAAGAAGGUUCAGCUGUUUCUGGAGGAUAUAUGGGCUGUGUCGCAGUUUGAGAGUUGUGAGGUCAAUCAUCGCCGGCUGGCCGGGCUUUGGGAUGAAGAAGUCAGGUCACGAGGGGACGGGGCAUCUCUUCGUCGUGUGGUCUGGCUUUUUUGCCGCACACGUCUGCUGCUGUCCAUCCUCUGCCUUAUGGUUACUCAACUCGCAGGCUUCAGUGGCCCAGCGUUUGUGGUGAGGCGGUUGCUGGAGUAUACGCAGAUGAGCGAACCCGACCUGCCCUACGGCCUGCUGCUGGUGCUGGGCCUCUUGGCCACCGAGCUGAUUCGCUCUUGGUCCCUCGCCCUCACCUGGGCGCUCAACUACCGCACCGGCACCCGCCUGCGUGGAGCCAUCCUGACCUUGGCCUUCCACAAGAUACUGCGUCUGCGCAGCCUUCGGGAGAAGACCAUGGGAGAGCUGAUCAAUAUGUGUUCGAGUGACGGGCAGCGCAUGUUUGAAGCCGCUGCCGUGGGCAGCCUGUUGGCUGGAGGCCCCCUGGUGGCUGUGCUGGGAAUGGUAUACAACUUAUCCGUAUUGGGGCCGACGUCUCUGCUAGGCUCUGCCGUAUUCAUCCUCUUCUACCCCACUAUGAUGUUUAGCUCCAGGCUGACGGCGUACUUCAGGAGGAAGGGAGUAGCCGUGACUGACCAGCGCGUUCAAAAGAUGAAUGAGAUUCUGAACUACAUCAAGUUCAUUAAGAUGUAUGCCUGGGUGAAGGCCUUCUCUCAAGCUGUGCGAAGAAUUAGAGAUGAGGAGCGUCAGAUUCUGGAACAAACAGGAUAUUUUCAGAGCAUUACAGUCGGCGUGGCACCUAUCGUCGUGGUGAUUGACAGUGUGGCCACAUUCUCCACCCACAUGUUGCUAGGUUAUAACCUUACCGCCGCACAGGCAUUUACUGUCGUCACUGUUUUCAAUGCCAUGACCUUUGCCUUAAAGGUCACCCCAUUUUCUGUCAAAUCUCUAUCGGAGGCAUCUGUCGCCAUCGAUAGGUUCAAGAGUUUGUUCAUGAUGGCCGAGGUCAAGAUGAUCCGUGAGCUCCCAAGUAAUCCUUCCGUUGCCAUAGAGAUGACUGGUGCCAGUUUGGCUUGGGAGACGGGCGGACACAGCGCCCAGCCUUCGCCUCGUGGUACGCCCUAUGUAGACCUUGGAAUUAGAGGGUGUCGUAAGAAGCGCCGGCAGCGUGACAACCCAAAACAUCACGGGAUGUUGGAAGAGGAAACGCAUGGCCAGCUGUUGAAUGAUGUGCCUGUAGACAUGGCGUCCAGUCCUGACGAUCAAGCCCUUCAAGUGCCGACCAUCAGUCAACGGCUGCAAAGAACUCUUCACUGCAUCGAUCUCUCCAUACAAAAGGGGAAGCUGGUCGGUGUCUGUGGCAGUGUGGGAAGCGGCAAAACUUCUCUCAUCUCUGCCAUUCUUGGCCAGAUGACUCUUUUAGAGGGGAUUGUUGCUGUAAAUGGAGAUUUUGCAUAUGUGGCACAACAGGCCUGGAUUCUCAAUGCAUCCUUCCGUGACAAUAUCCUGUUUGGCAAGGAAAUGGAGGAAGAGAGGUAUCAGGCUAUUCUGAGUGCUUGCUGCUUGAGACCAGACUUGGCCAUCCUCCCUAAUGCUGACCUGACUGAGAUUGGAGAACGUGGUGCCAACCUGAGCGGCGGGCAGCGUCAGCGGAUAAGCCUGGCUCGAGCUUUAUACAGCAACAGGGGUAUUUACAUACUUGAUGACCCUUUAAGUGCUCUGGAUGCCCAUGUCGGAAAUCACAUCUUCAACAACGCCAUCAGAAAACAUCUGCGUGGCAAGACCGUCAUCUUUGUCACUCACCAGCUACAGUAUCUGGUGGACUGUGAUGACGUGAUCUUCAUGCGUGACGGCAGCAUCACAGAGCAGGGCAGCCAUGAGGACCUGAUGAAUCUGAAUGGAGACUACGCCGCCAUGUUUAACAACCUUCAACUGGGAGAAACACCAUUCAUUGAGGUUCCGAAUAAGAACUCUGGGAGUUCCUUGAAGAAACCCUUGGAGAACAAGAAGGCAGGAUCUGUCAAAAAAGAAAAAACGGCCAACCAGGGUGAUGGUCAGCUGAUGCAGGUGGAGGAGAGAGGGAAAGGCUCAGUGCCCUGGGCGGUGUACAGAGUCUACAUCCAGGCUUUAGGAGGGUGGCCUGUCUUCCUCUUCAUCCUUGCCCUCUUUGUUCUCAAUGUGGGCAGCACAGCCUUCAGCAACUGGUGGCUCAGCUACUGGAUCAAACAGGGCAGCGGGAACACGACGGUGCAGGUGGGGAACAGUUCAGUACUGAGUGAGAGUAUGCGUGAUAACCCUCUGAUGCAACACUAUGCUGCUGUCUACACUAUGUCUAUGGGAAUCAUGCUCCUUCUCAAACUACUGAGAGGCAUUGUGUUUGUUAAGCGUGUUCCCGUGGUUCCUGGUGGCAGUAGGGCCGCUGGUGCUCCUCUUUAUAGUGCUGCACGUGGUUUCUCGGGUCUUCAUUCGAGAAGUCAGAAUUUGGACACACGUCUGCCAUUCCAGGCUGAGAUGUUCAUUCAGAACGUGAUUCUGGUGCUCUUCUGCUUGGGUGUGAUUGCCAGCGUGUUCCCGUGGUUCCUGGUGGCAGUAGGGCCGCUGGUGCUCCUCUUUAUAGUGCUGCACGUGGUUUCUCGGGUCUUCAUUCGAGAACUCAAACGAUUAGACAACAUCACACAGUCACCUUUCCUGUCCCACAUUGCCUCCAGCAUUCAGGGCCUGACCACAGUGCAUGCUUAUGGGAAAGAGGACGGAUUCCUUCACAGGUAUCAGGAGCUGCUGGAUCAGAAGCAGGCUCCCUUCUAUUUGUUCAGCUGUGCCAUGCGCUGGCUGGCUGUGCGUCUGGAUGUGAUUAGCGUGGCUCUCAUUAGCAUCACAGCUUUGAUGAUCGUCCUCAUGCACGGCCAGAUUCCUCCUGCUUACGCAGGCUUGGCCAUUUCCUAUGCCAUGCAGCUUACAGGGUUAUUCCAGUUUACUGUUCGCUUGGCCUCUGAGACCGAAGCUCGGUUCACCUCAGUAGAGAGAAUCCACCAUUACAUCAAGUCUCUGUCUCUGGAGGCUCCUGCAAGGGUGAAAAACAAGGCUCCUCCAUCUGACUGGCCCCAGGAGGGUGAGAUCGUGUUUGAUGGAACGGAGAUGAAGUACAGAGACAACCUCCCAAUGAUACUGAAGAAAGUUUCCUGCUCCAUUCGACCAAAAGAGAAGGUCGGGAUUGUGGGACGAACAGGCUCAGGUCCGUCUCUUCUCCUUGUGUCUUUCCUCAGCAGUUAA